AUGACCUGGUACCUGAACCACCUGCCCCAUGCCUUCCCACACACUACGAGCUUAGCGAGGGCUCCGGGACCUGACCUGGAGACCAGCCGCAGGGCAGUUGAAGAUCAACGAAAGAUAUGUGGCCAUAAGAGGGAUGCUGAUGUCUUUGAGCUGUUCCUUUCUCAAAAGGAACUAACAGAUGUCAUUGAUCUUUCCAGGUUUAAAAAUUUAAAGUACUUGUGGCUACAUCAUAACAAGCUCCAUGGAAUAACAUUUCUAACUAGAAACUAUUGUCUGACUGAACUAUAUCUAAACAACAAUGCAAUAUUUGAAAUAGAAGGCCUGCACUGCUUGACAUCAUUGCAUAUACUCAUGCUGCACCACAAUGAGUUAACAAACAUCGACGCAACAGUGAAGGAAUUAAAGGGAAUGCUAAACCUGAAGACUCUAAAUCUCUACCAAAACCCUUUUUGCCAAUAUAACCAGUACCGUUUAUAUAUAAUCUACCACCUCCCAGGAGUAGAGUUACUUGACCGAAAUCAAGUUACAGAAAAAGAAAGAAAAUCAAUGAUUUCCAUUUUUAACCAUAAAAAGGCUCAUAUUAUUCAAUCAAUAUCAUUUGGAAGAAAAGUAGAUGCCUCAUGGGAUCCUAGAUCACCAUUUAAGCAAAAACAAGCCCAGAGAGCACCUUCAGAGUUUGAAUUUGCGAGUAAUGCAGACAAAACUGUGUUUGAUGACCCAGAAGAUGCUGUUUUUGUAAGGUCCAUGAAGAGAUCAGUGAUGACUAUUACCUCUCUGAACUGGGAUACGGUUCCAACACGAGAGGAAAAAUACCUUGAAGAGAAAGGCACACAACCUGUUCAAAUGCUCACAGUUACACUGAGAUAACCCUGGUAGUUCUAGAAAUCCUAGUGGUUCAUCUGUAUAUUAAAGUUUUCUGUGAUUUACCAUAUUACAUAUUGAUUAUGUAUUAUUUGAAACAAAUAUAAACAGAAACAUCAAUAAUGUAAAAGGAUUCCUACAUUUUAUGCUAAGUUUUUGUUGAAGUAAAACAUGUAUAUAGAAAGGUACACAAACCAUAACUGAUCAAGUCAACAAAUUUUCAAACAAUGAAGACAUUCAUGUAACUGGCCCCUCCGAGAUUAAGAAAUAGAACAUUACCAGCACCCUAAAAGCCUCCUGAUUUCUAAACUAGGUAUUAAUUUUUAUCUCCUUUUGAAAGGCAUAAAUAUGGAAUCAUAGAAGCUGAACUAUUUUUUUGUCUGGUUUCUUUUGCUCGACAUUGUGAAAUUCACCCAUGUUGUUGCUAGUAGCAGUAAUUCUAUUGUUCUCAUGCUGUAUAGUAUUCCAUUAUACGACUAUACCACAAUUUAUUUACCCAGUCUACUGCAUUUUUAGUCUCACCUGCGGAGGCAUUUGUCAGUUCUGUGUGUGGGUUAAUGAUCUGAGCUUGGUCUCUAGCCAGAAGAAUUCUGCUGGAGGAAAGAGAAACCAGAAAAGCUUUCAGCAGUUGCCUGGUACAUAGACACAAACCUGGACAGGUAAGGUAACUCAAACACAUUGCUGGUUUUCUCCAGCUAAGCUCGAGAGCUAGAGCAAAAGCUUAUAAAAAGCAGAAUGAUGUUUCCCCCUAUCUGAUGGUGCUUCGAACCACCACACUGUAACAUAGACAUACGUUAGAAGUGGGGCUGAACUCAGAACAGGCAGGAGAUGAAAGCCCUAGAGGGAGUGGAGAACUAUCUCUGAGAAUCUGUAAUAUUCUUUUAUCUGUGGGCACCUGUGAUUCUGGGCACAGCCAGAGUCUGAAAUUCAGGUAUAGUUCUUGGCAGAAGUCUGCAGCUGAGAGAAAGAAAAAGAGAGUUUGGCAUUGAUGUGGGUGAGUGGCUGAUACCAGGGCAAGAGUGACAGCAUGUGGCUUCCAAGACUAGGCCAUAGAAACAAUAGAAAUGUUCUCUUGCUUCCUCUCCUGGAUCACGCUUUCUGCAGGACGCCCGCUGCCAUAUCAUGUGCUCACUUAAGCAGUCCUCUGAAGAGGUCCAAGUGGUGAGGAACUGAGCUCUCUUUCCAAAAGCCAGGGAGGAACCAAGGCCUUCUGCCAACAACCAAGUAAGUGGCAAGCCAUCUUCCAGACCCAGUUAACCGUCUUGCACGCACAUCCUCCAGACCCAGUUAAACCCUCAGAGGACAGCAGCCUGGCUGACAGCUUCACAGCACCCUCCUCAGAAACCCCAAGCCAGAACCACCUAGGGAGGCUGCUCCUGCAUUUCUGGCCUGCAGAAACUGUGUGAGAUGAUACUUAUUGAUGCUUCAAGCUGAGAAGUUUUGGAGUAACUGGUUACACAGUAACAGAUUAAGUAACACAAUAACCCAGCGUAACCCAUGAUGCUAGAAGUACUUGUAGGUAAGGAUGCCUUGUGAAGUCUCUGACAUGCUCGGAAAAGGGGGUCACAGUCCAGUCUUCAGGGGUUCAUGAAUAAGGCCACACCAUCAGCAGCAGAGAGCUAAGCACUAUUCAGUUAGCAGUUCUUGGCAUGCUACUGCACCCAUUCUAGAACUAAGAGCCUGACUGUUGAUCAUCAUGUAGCAGUUUGAUCAGAACUACUCAUAAUGAGCUGAGUAUAUCAGACCCACCGACCAAUAAUGCUGGGUGGGCAUAGCAACAAAUCCAUUUCAUGAUGGAAACAGUAUAUAUCUGCAAUCAGCUUUAAGCUGGCCCGUGUGUUGCAUAAGAAGUAUUAAUUUUUAAUUAGAUUACAAUAAGUUAAGGACGGGAUAUUGUAAUCUCCAAGUUAGCCACUAAAAGAGUAGUGAAAGAAUGUGUAGUCUGGUAUUUUUUAAGCCUACUAUCACUGAAAAGGAUAAAAAAAAUGUAUUCCAAUUAUAAAAAUAUGGCUAGGAAAUUUUAAUCUCCUUUUUAGAGAACUAAUGGAAAUAUAUUUCAUUUGUAUGAAAAGAUUUGCUUUAGAAUGCACUCCUCAAUACUGUUUUUAUUCAGUAGUGAAGAGUGACUAAGUGUCUGUGAUUGGAAAACAGUAGUAAAUACUGUUUGGGGAGAAACACAAAAUAGAGAAGAUGUGAUUCUUACUUACGUAACCUAAAACUCUACCAAAAUAGAACACACAAUUGAGAGAGUGCUUUUAAUUAAGUUCUCUCUUUUAAACAACAGACACCCAUUUAAGCUUGCUCAAGUGAAAGCAGGUUUAUUCCAGCAUUCACCAGACCUCAUGACUAGGAAACAGGAAACACUGAUAUAUACAUCUGAGAGAGCAGAGGCGAUGAGCAGCAGCUCUGGAAUCAGACAGACUGCCAUAGCUUUUCCACUUUAGGUAUGUUACGUGGACAAGUCAGUUAACUUCCCUCGGCUUCAGUUUCCUAUUAUUUUAAAAUAAGAAUCGUGGUUAUCUCACGGAGUCUCAAGGUUUAAGUUAGAUAACGUAUGUAAUGCAUUAGGUAGAGUAGCUUCUAAGAGGGAAUGCUUAAUGUAUGUUGGUUCAUGCCGUUCUUACCCCAAGAGCAGCUGUGCCUUUCAGGGACUGCACCUGGUAUCAAAGUCUGAAUGUUGACCCCUCACCCCCACCAAUUCAUAUGCUGCAAUGUGAUGAUACGGGGAAGUAAGGCCUUUGGGAGGUAACUGGGUCAUGCCAGUGGAGCCCACAUGAAUAGAAUUUAGUACUCUUACAAGAGACUAAAGAGCCACAUUGCCCUCUUUCUGCCAUAUGAGGACACAGCAAGGUGGCCCUCUGUAACCCUAGAGGACACUCACCACCUUGACAUUGCCAUUCCGAUAUCUUUGACUUCCAGCCACCAGAGCAGGGAGAAAUAAAUGUUUGUCAUAUAAGCCACCUUAGGCUAUGAUAAUUUGUGAUAGCAGCCCAAACUUGGACACCUGGUCUAUUAUUCUGGGUUCUUCAGAGAAACACCAAGGGUGCCAACAAAAGUACACAUUUUAAGAGAUGUUAUCUAUGUAUUACUUUUUGAAGUUGAAUUACAGUAGCAAUGUGUAGUAUGUGGUUCACUCAAAAGGUAUCGUUAAUCAAACAAAUGCUAGUGUCCUUCACUGCAUUACAAUUUUCAGUUUUUUUUCUUUUCUUAAAAUGUGUAUACAUUUUUGGGGCACCCUCUGUCGAAUCAACUGGGUAUGUGCAUAAAGACAGAGCAAUUUAUUUUAAGGCAUCGCCUCAUGCGAUUGUAGGGGCUCCCAAGUCCAACAUUUGCAGGGCAGGCCGGGGAGGACUAGAAAUUUAGGCAUGAGCUGAUGGUUCAGUCUUGAGGUCAGAUUCCAAAAGGCAGGACAGCAGACUGGCUGGUGUUUGUUGAGGCUUAUUUUUGUCUGUAGCUGUUGGUGUUUCCACGUUGCUGGCUUGCUGGCGUCUUCAGCUCUAUGAGGCAAAAAAGAAAACCCGGAGAACAAACCAAGUAUCACUGACUAGAUCCUGACUGAGGUAACUGCCUUCUUUAUAUAUGAUGUCCAGGGUUUUUAGUUUUACUUAAGUGGGAGGAAUAGGGACAAGACGGCUACUCCACUUCCCAAAAGCAGAAGUGUUCAGAUUACUUUUUUACAUGUAGUUGAAUGUGUUUCCUUUUGUGGCUUCUGAGUUUAGUAUCAUAUUUAGGAAGACUUCCUUCAUGCCAAAGUAGUUAAGGAUUCUCUCAUGGUUUCUUCUGGAACUGAUUUUUUUUUCCACAUUUAAAUCUUACCCAUUUACAUUUAAAUCUUAGCCAUUUGAAAUUAUCCUGGGAUUAAGUAGUUUUGUAUGAGUUUAUCAAUUAACUAUCAACAUUGUCCUGAAUUGGCCCAUUAUGUACCUACCUGAAUUAUCCUAGACAAGUUAUGAUCACCAUUUAAAAAGACGCUUUUGUGUAUUUAUAAAACUAGAACUUUGUCUUUAAAGAAUAUAGAAACU